CCGUCUUGGUCGCCUUUGCUCUCAAUUGUCGUGUUCCUUUCAUUACCUCCUCUGAGUUCUGUCUUCAUCACCAUCUCUGUCUGCCUCUGUUUCCGAUCCCAUCGCUCAUCAUGCAACGCGCUCUCACUUCCGCGGCGCGGUCGUCCCUCUCAUCUUCUUCCCCAUACUCUAGAACAUCCGGCAGGAGUUUACAACAACUCCGCUUUGCCCAUAAAGAGCUCAAGUUUGGCGUCGAAGGUCGUGCAGCUCUCCUCAAGGGUGUUGAUACCCUCUCAAAAGCCGUAGCAACAACCCUCGGUCCCAAAGGCCGCAAUGUUUUGAUCGAAUCUAGCUACGGUUCACCCAAGAUCACAAAAGAUGGUGUCACCGUCGCGAAAGCUGUCACUCUCCAGGACAAGUUCGAGAACCUUGGAGCCCGCCUCAUUCAAGAUGUUGCCUCUAAGACCAAUGAAGUCGCAGGUGAUGGCACCACCACCGCUACCGUCCUCGCAUCCGCCAUCUUCUCCGAGACCGUCAAGAAUGUCGCAGCUGGUUGCAAUCCUAUGGACCUGAGAAGAGGUACCCAGGCCGCUGUUGAAGCUGUCGUGGACUACCUCCAAAAGAACAAGAAGGACAUCACAACCAGCGCAGAAAUUGCCCAGGUCGCCACCAUUUCUGCCAACGGCGAUACUCACGUGGGCUCUCUCAUCUCCAAUGCCAUGGAAAGAGUCGGAAAGGAAGGUGUCAUUACCGUCAAGGAGGGAAAGACUAUCGAAGACGAGCUUGAGAUCACCGAGGGUAUGCGAUUUGACCGUGGAUUCACGUCUCCUUACUUUAUCACCGAUACAAAAUCUCAAAAGAUCGAAUUCGAAAAGCCAUUGAUCCUCCUGUCAGAGAAGAAGAUCUCGGCUGUUCAGGACAUCAUCCCUGCUCUCGAGGCCUCCACCCAACUCCGACGACCUCUUGUUAUCAUUGCUGAGGAUAUUGACGGCGAGGCACUGGCCGUCUGCAUUCUCAAUAAGCUCCGUGGACAACUCCAAGUCGCGGCUGUCAAGGCUCCAGGCUUUGGUGACAACCGCAAGAGCAUCCUCGGCGAUAUUGGUAUCCUGACGAACGCCACUGUCUUCACCGAUGAGCUUGAGAUUAAGCUGGAAAAGGCCACACCCGACAUGCUCGGAUCCACCGGAAGCAUCACCAUUACCAAGGAAGACACUAUUAUUCUCAACGGCGAAGGUAGCAAAGAUGCCAUUGCCCAGCGAUGCGAACAAAUCCGAGGUGUCAUGGCCGACCCAUCCACAUCUGAGUAUGAGAAGGAGAAGCUUCAGGAACGUCUCGCCAAACUCAGUGGUGGUGUCGCCGUCAUCAAAGUUGGUGGUGCCUCUGAAGUUGAGGUCGGUGAGAAGAAAGAUCGUGUUGUCGAUGCUCUCAAUGCCACACGCGCUGCAGUGGAGGAAGGUAUCCUUCCCGGUGGUGGCACUGCUUUGAUCAAAGCCUCGGCCAAUGCCCUGGGUGGCGUCAAGCCUUCCAACUUCGACCAACAGCUUGGUGUCAGCAUCAUCAAGAAUGCCAUCACCAGACCUGCGAGGAAGAUCGUUGAGAAUGCUGGUCUGGAGGGCAGCGUCGUCGUCGGCAAACUCACUGACGAGUAUGCCUCUGACUUCACCAGAGGCUUCGAUUCCGCUUCUGGCGAAUAUGUGGAUAUGCUUUCCAAGGGUAUUGUCGACCCCCUCAAGGUGGUCCGCACAGCUCUUGUCGAUGCCUCUGGCGUUGCCUCGCUUCUUGGAACGACUGAAGUCGCUAUUGUGGAAGCUCCGGAGGAGAAAUCUGCUGGACCUCCUAUGGGUGGCAUGGGCGGUAUGGGCGGCAUGGGUGGAAUGGGCGGUUUCUAAGCUCCCAAUUGGGUCGAUUAGUCCUGCCAGUUCCAGCCAAACCGCGUCCCCCUACACUUUUCUUGCGAUUGAGCGACUUUUCCUGCCAUGCCUUCGAGCUCCUUCAGGUUGACCCACAGAACUUCGACAUAUCUCGGAAUCCAACCAUGAGUCAAGGUCUCGACAUACCCAUACGCUGAUCUCACAUACACACCCAUACCAUCCUGUGUCGACGAGUCACGCAUUCAAAAUCAUGCCAUGCUACUCUGUUCUAUUACCACUCCACUCAUAAUUGUUUCCAGUGUUGAAAAAAUCGUGUUUGUUUUAUUACGAGGCCUGAUUUCACUCGGCCCCUCUGCUUCUCUACAUCCCCCUUCAGAGUUCACUCCUCGGGUUGAGAAGACAGAGUGCUCGGGGAAGGGCAAAAAUAUACGGGGCAAGCUGCAAGCUUGGCCACGGUGCCGGGUCUGGGGAGGAGAUACGGCAUCAUUGAAGCGGUCGCUGAAGGAGGGGGCAUGUCAAUAAACGAAGACGUUUAGGGAGCAGAGGAGGACAGAACCGAUUUCAGAUUGAUAGAUAUUGUCCGGGUUGAAACGCUUCCCGGUCAUAUCUGGGGAGGUGGAUGUAUUUCGAUUGUACCAUAGCUAGCGUGGCGGAAGCAGGCAAGGUCACUCGGAUUAGCGGAGCGACAGAUUACUUGUAAUAAAACACAGAUGAUUCGGUAUACUUGCAAGAGUCUUCUGUGGCUAACAGGCUUCGACAUUGAUGCACACCAUGAAAGGAUCCCCGGGUUGCAGCAUGAUCCAUUUGGCAAUUUCCACACUAUGAUCACAAGAACGUAUAGAUGAAAUCUGGCCUAG